AUGAAUUAUUCAGAGUUAGAAGAUGAUGAAGAUUUAUAUGAAGGAUUAGAAGCAGAAAAUUUGGACUCUUAUGAAAAAAAAGUAGAAGAAAAAAAAAAAGAAAUCGAAAAAGCUGUAAAACCAAAAGAACAAAUCUAUGAGAAAUCAAGAAAUAAUUUAUAUAAAAAGUUAAGCGGUACGAAAACUAUAUAUACUAAAAAAGAAUCUUGUUUAUUUUUUGGUGCACCUCAAGCAAGUGAAGAUAUAGAAAUAGGAGAUCAUAAAUUGGAAUUUUUAUUGUUAAUAAAUUUACUAUAUUUCAUUAAUGAUAUUCUGAUAAAAAAUGUGUGUGAAAAAAUUGGGAAAGUUAAAAGAGUUUUAAUAUUAGAAGAUGAACAAUACUGUAAAUCCUUAGGUAUGUGUUUAGUAGAAUUUUAUUAUUUAGAUAAUUCACAAAAUUAUUCUGCAUAUUUAAAAGAAAAAUUAAAAGUAGAAGUAAAAAAAUUAGAUUUUAAUUUAGAGGAACAAAUUAAAAAGGAUGAAAUAUAUAACUAUGGAGGAUAUCUAGAUAAUAGUAUUGUAGAACAAAUAAUAAAAGAAAAUUUAGAUAAUUCACAAAGUAAAGAAAAUUUUAAUGACAUAAUAAAUAAAUCGUUAAAUUUAAAUAAACAUCCAUUAUUUACUUGGUUUAAUACUAAUUUAAAGGAUGUUUUAAAUAAAUACGUUAAAUCAGAAAUAAAAAAAAAAAAGAAAUGUUCUAUAAGCAAUGACUAUAUAGACAGACAAAGUGAAAGUAAUUCAGAUUCAGGAAGUGAUAUAUCUACUCAUAUUCUCAAUUACGUUUCUAAAAAAAAUAAGUUUUGUAAUUUUAAUAAAACAUAA